CACCUUGGAGACGACCUUCGACAGCACAGUGACCACAGAGGUCAACGGGCGGAGCAUCACCAGUCGCUCCGCCCCCAUGACCUCCUGGCGCCCCCCUCGGCCAAUCAGACCCCAAGCCCCCCGCCUACAAGCUGGCGACGCCCCUUCUAUGCCCAGUACCUACACCACAGUCCCACCACCUCGGACUGGGGCCAGCACAGGUGGCGCCACUGGGCGGUACGGUCACUCGGACUCCUCCCGGUUUGUGUACAGCGCCCCCCUGAGGCGAGCGGCAACGGCAGGGGCGAGAGGGGUCGAGCAGGGGGAGAAGGGAGGAGGGCCGGAGGGGAUGCUGGAGAUGGACGUGGCAGGGUACAUGAGCGACGGAGACAUCCUGGGGAAGAACGUCAGGACAGAUGACAUCACCAGUGGGUACCUUACAGACGGUGGUCUUCACCUAUACUCGCGGAACGUCGCGGCGCCCCCUGACCUGAACACGUCGCUAGAGGUCACCCAGAGGGUGGUCAAGGAGGUGCACGGGGACGCAGACAGUUGGGAUGACAGCAGUUCGGUCAGCAGCGGUCUCAGUGACACUGUAGAUAACAUCAGCACAGACGAUCUGAACACGCCCACCUACCCCGCCGUCACAUCGUCACCACGCAAGAACAAGGCAGCCCAGGCGGACACACACCAGCAUGUGGAGCAGGAGGUCAGCAGCAGCUGGGCCGGAGCUGAAGAUCUGAAGAAGGUGGACGAGGAGCUGGAUGUCAACAUGGAGCCCAGCUCAAAGUGGAAAUCUUCCUCCUCCUCUGCCUCCUCGCCAGCGGGGCAGUGCGGCGAGGAUCCCGGGCAGAAGACGGGCCUACCCAUGUCCCAGACUGGCUCCUGGAGAAGGGGUAUGACUGCCCAGGUGGGCAUCACGCCCCCCCGGACCAAAGGCACCAGCGCCACCCUCAAAACCCCUGGUAAAACUGAUGACGCUAAGGCCUCAGAGAAAUGCAAGGCUCCCUCCAAGACCGCUGGCAUCCAGCGCUCGCCCUCCGACGCCGGCAAGAGCAGUGGCGACGAGGGCAAGAAACCCCCCUCGGGCAUCGCCCGCCCCCCCACCACUGGGUCGUUCGGGUAUAAAAAGAUGGCCAGCCCCCCCUCUGGUGCCCUCAUCACGUCCAGCGGUGCCACCCUGGCCAGUGGCUCCGCCACCCUGGGGAAGGUGCCCAAGUCUUCGGCUAUCGGCAAGGGGACAGGGAUCAGCGGAGGCCGUAAGACCAGCCUGGAUGGCUCCCAGCCCCAGGACGAUGAGGUGCUGAUGGGCUGCGGAGGCUCCAAGGUGCCCCUCCAGUACCGCUCUCUGCCCCGGCCGGCCAAGUCCUCCAGCGGGGGGGUGGUGGGGCGCAGCGGGCACCGCUCCAGUUCCAGCAGCAUCGAUUCCAAUGUCAGCUGCAAGUCGGCCGGAGGAACGGGGACCAAGCGAAGGGACGCUGGGAAGGUGGGCUCGGGGCGCUCCAGCCCCAUCCCCAUCACCAUCAACCAGACGGACAAGGAGAAAGUGGCCGUGUCGGACCAGGACCCAGCAGGCUUAUCCACCUCCCCCAAGUCCAGCCCCACCUCCACGGGCCAGUCUGGCCUCAGGCAACCAGGGUCCAAGUACCCGGACAUCGCCUCACCUACCUUCCGCAGGUUGUUUGGCACCAAAGCCAGCAGCAAGGCCAGUACCCCAGGCACACCCGACUCAGGCAAGUGCCCCUCUGCGUUGGGCAGCCCUCAUGGCACAUUGGCGCGCCAGGCCAGCCUGGACUCUCCCUCCUCGGGCACGGGGAGCCUGGGCAGCGCGGGCGGGCAGAGCGGGGCUAGCAGCCCACUUUAUGGCAAGGCCCCUGACCUGGGCACUGAUUCGCCUGCCUCCAGCCCAGCGUCAGGCCUCUCGCUGCCCUCCAACGCCCGCCCCUGGCCCACCAACCUCAGCAGCUCCUCGGCAUGCUCUGGCAGUAAGGACACACUGAGCUGCCAGAGCAUGACCAGUCUGCACACCAGCUCCGAGUCCAUUGACCUGCUGCUGGGGCACCACCACGGCCCCAAAGUCACCCGCACGGCCAGCGUCAAGUCCACGCUUUCUGAGGGCAUGCCUCUUGACAGAAACACACUCCCCAAAAAGGGACUGAGGUACCCUCCCUCGUCCAGACAGACGUCCCAUGAGGAGGGGAAGGAGUGGCUGCGUUCUCACUCCACUGGAGGGUUACAGGACACGGGGAGUCAGUCCCCUCUCUCCCCCCCUGGAGUUGCAUGCACAAGCACCGGAAAAUACCACUACUCCAACCUGUUGAGCCCCACCAACCUGUCACCCUACAACCUGCCAGGACCCAGCAGUAUGAGUCGCUCCAACAGCAUCCCUGCCCAGGACUCUUUUGACCUGUAUGGAGAAGCCCAUCUGGGGGGCAGCGCCACCUCUCUGGAGGACAGACCCCGGGGCAUGAGCCGCUCUGGCUCCUUCAGGGACAGCACCGAUGAAGUCCAUGGAUCCUCACUGUCGCUGGUCUCCAGCACCUCGUCCCUGUACUCUGCGGUUCUUUCCUUUCUGGCCAAGACAGAGGAAAAGGCACAUUCUGAGGGUCAAACAGGCCAAAAUACCACGCAAAUCAGGAAGCUGCGACGAGAGUUGGACGCCUCCCAGGAAAAGGUCGCGACCCUCACAUCUCAGCUGUCUGCCAAUGCUCACCUGGUGGCAGCCUUUGAGAAGAGCCUGGGGAACAUGACCUGUCGCCUAACGAGCCUCACCAUGACAGCUGAGCAAAAGGAGUCGGAGCUGGCUGAGCUGAGAGAGACCAUCGAGGCGCUGAAAGCCCAGAACACAGACGCCCAGACAGCCAUCCAAGUGGCCCUCAACGGCCCCGACCACCUACACAAAGACCUGCGGAUUAGGCGGCAACACUCGUCGGAGAGCAUGUCCAGCAUCAACAGUGCAGCCAGUCACUCAUCCCUGGGCAGCGCCAAAGACCUAGAGGAUAAGAAGAAGAAGAAGAAGAGCUGGGGAAAGGAGAGAGGCAACAAGGUGGCUGAUUCCAUCCCAGCACAGUUGCGGAGCUCGUUCAAGCAGGCGUUCAGUAAGAAGAAGGGCAACAAGCCUCAGUCGCCCCAAGAUGACGUCGAAGAGAUGACGGACUCAUCGCUGCCUUCCUCGCCCAAGCUACAGCAUGCUAACAGACAGGACAGCUUCCCAACACUACUCUCCUCAGCCUCUACCACAGAGCUGUGUGAGUGCACGGAGGCGGAAGCGGAGAUCAUCCUGCAGCUGAAGAACGAGCUGAGGGAGAAGGAACUGAAGCUGACAGACAUCCGCCUGGAGGCUCUUAGCUCUGCCCACCACCUGGACCAGAUCCGAGAGGCCAUGAACCGUAUGCAGGUGAGGAACCAGAAUGAGAUCGAGCUGCUGAAAGCAGAAAAUGACCGUCUCAAGACGGGAGGCACCACGCCAGCCGCCACGCCAGCCAAGAUGGGCCGGCCGCCCUCUGAGACCUCCAGCACAUCCUCGUCCUCCUCGCGCCAAUCUCUGGGCCUGUCCCUCAACAACCUCAAUAUCACAGACACCAUCAUGUCAGAUAUUCUCCUGGACGAUGGUUAUGAGGGCAAUCUACGCAAAGAGGGGCGCAGUGUCCGCAUUGUGGUCACAAUCAACAGUGGCUCCAAUAAAACCAAGGGUAUGCAAAGCCAGGAGUACCUCAUUGGUUCCAUCGGCGUGAGCGGAAAGACCAAGUGGGAUGUGCUAGAUGGAGUAAUCAGACGAUUAUUCAAGGAGUACGUGUUCCGGGUGGACCCACUGACCAGUCUGGGGCUGAACUCAGACAGUAUAGUCAGCUAUAGGAUGGGGGAUGUGGUGCGGGCCCACGCCUCUGAACUGCCUGAAAUGCUGCCCUGUGGCUACCUGGUGGGGGACAACAACGUCAUCAGUGUCAACCUCAAAGGUGUGAAGGAGAACAGCAUAGACAGCCUGGUAUUUGACACCCUCAUCCCCAAGCCCAUCAUCCAGAGAUACCUCAACCUGCUCAUGGAGCAUCGCCGCAUCAUCCUCUCUGGCCCCAGCGGAACCGGGAAGUCCUUCCUGGCCAGCAAGCUGGCAGAGUUCAUUGUCACCAAGUCUGGUCGAAAGGUCACGGAGAGCAACUUGGCUAGCUUCAACGUGGACCAGAAAUCCAGCAAGGACCUGCGUCAGUACCUAUCCAGCCUGGCAGAGCAGUGCAACUCUGAGGACAGCGAGACGGAGCUGCCCACCGUGGUCAUACUGGACAACCUCCACCACAUCGGCUCACUCAGCGACAUCUUCAACGGAUUCCUCAACUACAAGUACCACAAAUGCCCGUAUGUAAUUGGAACCAUGAACCAGGGAGUGUCUUCCUCUCCCAACCUUGAGCUUCACCACAAUUUCAGGUGGGUGCUGUGUGCCAACCACACGGAGCCGGUCAAGGGUUUCCUGGGACGAUUUCUGCGCAGGAAGCUGAUCGAGACAGAGAUCAACAGGAACAUGCGCAGCAAUGACCUCAUCAAGGUCAUCGACUGGAUUCCCAAGACGUGGCAGCACCUCAACGGCUUCCUGGAGGCUCACAGCUCCUCAGACGUCACCAUCGGUCCCAGGCUCUUCCUGUCCUGCCCCAUGGAUGCAGAUGGCUCGCGGGUGUGGUUCACUGACCUAUGGAACUACUCCCUGGUGCCUUACCUGCUGGAAGCCGUUAGAGAAGGGCUCCAGCUGUACGGCAAGAGGGCGGCGUGGGAGGACCCGUCUAAGUGGGUGAAGGACACCUACCCCUGGAGAUCUGCCUCCUUGCAGCAUGACAGCCAGGCCCUGCUCCAGUUACGGCCAGAGGACGUGGGCUAUGACGGCUACAGCUCCUCCAAAGAGGGCGCCUCCUCCAAACAAGUGUCACAGAGUGACACGGAAGGAGACCCACUGAUGAACAUGCUAAUGAGGCUGCAGGAGGCGGCCAACUACUCCAGCGCGCAGAGCUGCGACAGCGACAGCGCCAGUCACCAUGACGACCAGCUGGACUCGUCGCUGGAGUCGGCGCUCUAGACGAGAGCUCGGAGAGGAGAACUCAGAUGGAGUGAUGGAGCGAAGCGUUUUUCAGUUUCAGCGUGGCGUCAGCGAGACGUGGCGGCUCGAACACUUCCAGGCACCCCACACAUAAGACAGAGAGAUGUGUGUAGUCAGGAGAUGUCUGUUAGCGGGGUCGGGGGGAGUAAGCCCUCUGACAAAAUGGAGUAGAUUUUUGUGUAUGGUGGUUGAGACACAGUCCUCCAGUUCUCCACUGAAUGUGGCAUCCCAAAAUGCAGGCUGCACGUACACAGUGAGAGACAAUUAUGUCUGUGGUUCUACACCAUAAAACUGGAAUUGACAUUAUAGUUUUAUUUAUGUUGAUUCACAGUUGUUGUAUUAACUACGGAUGUUUACAAGGGCCAAAUUCUGGUUUCGUUUACUAAGGUGCUGAACAAAAAAAGGCACGUAUCCCUCCCGUCAAACCCAGACCUCAGACGAGCCACAUGGUGCUGGUCCCGUGCUCAAACCUGUCCCUAGUUUACAGGCAAUGCCAAGACCCUCCAUACACCACUCGCCAACAAGCACAAAAAGAGCAUUGUGUGUCGUCCAACCAACUGCUACUGUGAAACAAUGGGCAGUGCCAAUGUUACCGUUUGAUUUACUGCCAAGUGCACUGCGACGUGUGCGUCCACAUCCACAGAGUCCUUUUAGGUUUUUCACACUAGCAGACCAGUUGUUCACCCUUUCCUUAAAAGAUCAACAGCACUAUACCAACAGAUGGGUGAUGAAGGGAGUGAUGGCUCCUUCAAUCCAAGGGCCAGGUCAAGAACAGUACAAGCCUGAUAUUGGUGCUUUCUCAAUGCAAAGCUCUGAGACAGGGGGUGUAUUACUUCAGCCUUUGGCUCCCUGCUGACCAUCCUGAGUGGAUAGGAGAUUGACAGGAAUACACACUUCCUGACACACAACCAUUCAAAUGAAGUGGUCCCAUAUCGUCUCAGUGGGUGCUUUAAUCUUAAAGGAGAGUUUUAUAACUACUUUUAGGCCAAAAUAUCUCACAAAUCCUGUCAAAAAGUAUGUUGCCCAAAACCAUCCACUUUUGUUUCUGACAGUAAUAUUGUACAAGCAUAAUGGCUGUUAUACUGUAUUUGCAAGUAGAACUGACCAAUUGUAUAAAAGUUCAAAGGGGUGGGCAUUUUUUUAGUUGUUGCUUUUACCCAGUUGAGCUGGGUUCACUUGAACUGUCAUGAGCACAACCCGACCCUUUUGAUUUUUUAGCCUAAGGAGCAUGUUUUAAGCUUUCUAGGGGGGAACAUUUGAAGGAGACUUUUACUUUUACAUAACAGCGUGUGGUAGGGACAGAAGCCAUUUUGGAUUUUGAUUGUCCUUCCUCCAUUAAUGAGUGGGUUGGUUUUGCACAGUUAAAGUUGGGGUGUAAAUAAUAAAGUAUUGCACAGUGAAUCAGAGAUGCAUUCUUCCCUGUUGAUGUUAUAUUACGCUUUAACUCGCUGAGAAUUAUUGUACGUUGCAAAAAAAUACAAAAUAGAAAUGCAAAAACCAACAAGGUGUCAGAAACAGGUGUAUGUCUUGUGGUGAUUGGCUGUCUUGCCUAUGCAGGAGGCAUACGAUGUACAGUAUGAUAUUAUUUUUUUUAACGCCGUAUAUUAAUGUUCACUAAGUCACUGAUUUGAGGAGCAAACCAUUCAAUUUAUCAAGAAAAGCAAAUCUGGUCAUUGUCACAGAUUUCCCUUUUGUGUAUUCUCUGGAACUAGUAUUUGGUGACACAUCCCCCUAUUCAAGAGGCGAAAAUUCACUUCACAAAGCAUUACACUGUAACAUUUCUGAAUAUACUUUCAUUCAGUCUUGUAUUCACCGGUUUCAGUAGAAUCCAAUUUUCUUUGUCAUCCCAUUCUGAGGUACUAUUUACCUGCUGUUGUGCUAUUUACAAUUCCAAAUAACAGGUGCUACUGGUCAACUAAAUCUAUCAGAUUCCAUUUUCUGCAGAAAAUGUUGUCACAACCUCAGGACAAGCUCUUGUUGUCAUCACUUGUCUGUGACAAAUGUAUUUUUUAUUUUGUUUUUGCACGCAUCAUUGUUGGUCUACGCCAUCAGUCUGCAUCUAAACUUAGAGCCUGACACACACACACACACACACACACACACACACACACACACACACACACACACACACACACACACACACACACACGGAUUGUCGGUAAGACAUAGCUCCCCUCCAACACAGCAGACAUCUAGUCACUCCUCCCCGCUCCCCUAGGACACCAUCAGUUGCCUAGUUAACCAGAUGUUUUCACAACACAAACAGUGUACCAUUAUGUCAUGGUGACGCCAUAAAAUUGCAAUUACAUCUUAGUUGAAAACAUUGCAUUUACUGCUUUGAGAGAAGAGUUUCUUUUUUGUUGAAACAUUUGUCCUUAAAUGUUUUAUAUUUUGUACAUUUGUAUGUAACAUAUUGUGUAAAUAGACAGAGACAGCGAUUUAAAUCAUCUGGAGGGAUUUUGUAGUCUUUGUAAAGCCCUAAUAAAUGGUAUUUGGUGUCACAUGAGCAAACAAUG